AUGCUUUCCCUACCCCGCCCUCUUCGGGGUCUCAUCCAGAGUCAAACGGACCGAUGUCUCGCAGACUUGCGUACGACCGACCCUCGCAUCGAUAAGAAGCGGAUCGAGGAUACGCAGGGCGGCCUACUACACAGCGUCUCAAGCUGGACCUUUACCAACGAUGACUUCCUCCGAUGGCGCGACGGCGAAGCCUCUCUACUAUGGAUCAAAGGCGAUCCUGGCAAAGGCAAGACGAUGCUACUAUGUGGCAUUAUCGACGAGUUAUCACCCGCAACAAAACUGAAGAACAAAGAUGCCAAUACUCUGCUCUCGUACUUCUUCUGCCAGGCUGCCAAUCUUGCUAUCAAUAAUGCGACUGCCGUGGUCAAACAGCAACCGAUUCUCAUUUCCCACCUACGAGAUAAAUACAACGACGACGGGCGCGCCCUCUUCGAAGACCAUAAUGCCUGGUGGACUCUGGCCGAUACCUUUCAGGGCAUUCUCCAAGACCCAAUUCUAGGCCCUUCCUGCUUCGUAGUCGAUGCCCUCGAUGAAUGCAGGAACUACUCAGAACUUCAACUUGUUAUCGAAACAUCGUCUACAUCUCGAGCCAAGUGGAUUGUAUCUAGUCGCAAUUGGCCAGACAUCGAGGAACGCCUAGGUAUGACACAGUCUAAGGUGACUCUUCGUCUCGAGCUGAAUACAACGUCUAUCUCUAGGGCUGUCAGCAUAUACAUCCAACAUAUGGUAGGGAAAUUAGCGCGGCAAAAGAGCUAUGAUCAGUCAACCCUGGGUGCCAUCGGAGAAUACUUGCAAUCUAACUCAGAUAAUACCUUUCUCUGGGUGGCCUUGGUUUGUCAAGAACUCGGAAAGGAUGUCGCGACCGACUUUCCACCUGGGCUCGAACCAUUUUACUGUCGUAUGAUCGGCCAAGUCUCUCAAUCAAACGAUUCUGACCUCUUAAAUCGAAUACUGGCUACGGCUACGAUUGUCUAUCGGCCCAUCACAUUCCAUGAAUUAAAAACUAUAAUCGAGUUACCCCAAUACCUAAAUGAUAAUCCAAGAUUUUUAGUUGAUGUAAUCGAGCAUUGUGGCUCCUUUUCAACGCUUCGUAACAAUACCAUCUACUUCAUUCAUCAGUCGGCGAAAGACUUCUUACUUAGCAAAUCGACUAAUCAGCUCUUUAAAUACGGGAUAAGGCACCAGCAUGGCGAAAUCUUUACACAGGCGCUGCAGACGAUAUCGUCGGCUCUGCAUAGAACAAUGUACGAUCUGCAAGAACCUGGAUGCAUCAUUCACGAAAUCCAACCACCGAACUCAGACCCAUUAGCCGCUAUAGCAUAUUCACGUGUCUAUUGGAUCGAUCACUUGCUUGAUGCUAGGAGUAAUAGCAUCGAAACUCAUCAACUGGGCCUUAUCAAUUUUUUAGAAACCAAAUCUCUCUACUGGCUAGAAGCCCUAAGUCUACUAAGAAAAGUACAAGAGGGUGCAAGAGCUAUAACAAGUCUUAGACAUCACCUUUCGACGCUCGAGGGCCACGGCGGCUUCGUCAACUCGGUCGCGUUCUCGCCCGACUCGCAGCGGCUCGCAUCGGCAUCCUACACCAAGACCGUCAUGAUCUGGGACGCCGCGACGGGCAUUCACAUGCCCAAAACAUGUUUGCGAGAUUUGCAUGUAUGGACGUUCAGCAAGAUUUGGAUUGGUGUAUAUUUUGGUGGCUUAAUCCAGUGUCUGAACCAGGAGUAUUGGUCAUGGUUGAACGCUGAAACGUGA